GGGUAGUAGUAACGAUAAUAGGAGGAGGUGAAUCUAGGUGUACAUGGAGUAAAGAUGAGGAAGAAGCUUUGCUGGUUAUUUUAGAUGAAGCUGUAGCUUGUGGGCAAUGUUGUGAAAUGGGAGCAUUUAAACUUGAGACACUCAAUAUGAUUGAACAGCAAAAGGCUGAGAUGUGUCCUAACUUGGGAUUGCGAGCAACUUCACAUAUUGAAUCAAAGAUGAAAAAGUGGAAGAAGCAAUAUGGUAUAAUAUACAACAUGCGGAACAAAAGUGGAUUUGGAUGGAAUGACACUCUUAAAUAUAUGGAGGUUAACAGUGAUGAAGCUUGGAAAGCAUAUGUGCAGAGUAAGUCAAGUGCAAAAGGUUGGAGAGGUAAACCUUUUCUGAUGUAUGAGAGGCUUGCUAAUAUUUUUGGGAAGGAUCGGGCAAUAAGACAUGGAGCAUAAACUCUAACUGAUUUAGUUAAUGAUAUAAAUACGGAGGCUGAUAAUGACUAAUUUGAUGAUGUGUGUUCUCCAAUGUCUAUGAAUCAAAUACAUAGUCAACUGCCCACACAAUCCCAAUUAAAAGGUAAGAGGAAAGUUAAAUCAAAGGAUGUUGACAUCGUUAGCAGGUUAAACAAUAUAGCAGAUAAGUUUAUUGAUAAAUUAGCUAUGCAGUUGGACAAGUUGGAGAAAUCUGAUAUCAACUAUCCACAAUACUUAGCUAUGG